UCGCCCUCGUCGCGGGGCACCUUCUCAAAGCGGAAUUUGGCCGACAGGUCGUGGCGCUGGGAGCUGUGCCAGUCCGGCCUUGCUGCGGCGGUAGAAGGGGCAGCCGUCGGCCGCGAACUGGCACAUGUGGCUGAGCGUGAGCCUGCGCUCCGGCGUGCCCUGGAUGGCCACGGCGAUGAGCGCGCAGUGCGAGCGGGGCGCGCGCGCCGGCUUCCCGAGGUCCCCACGCUGGCCGCGGACGGCCAGUCAGCUCGCCGGGCGCCCUGCGCGGGCUGCGAGGAGGGCGGCUGCGCGCAGCCGAAGGUGCGGGUGGCGAUCGGCGGCUGUUGCAAGGACCCGGCUGCGCCCCCAGGGGGCGGCGGCGGAGGGGCGCCCAGGUUUACUCACCUACUGUUUGUCUGGUUGUGAGAGAGAGCCCAGAGGAAGAGAGCUAUCAGCUGAGUUAUUGACAAUGCAACCACAGGAGUUAGUGACCUUAAAAGAUGUAGCUGUAGACUUCACCCAGGAAGAAUGGGCCCUGCUAGACACAUCCCAGAGAAAGCUGUUCAGAGAAGUGAUGCUGGAAAAUAUCAAUCAUCUCUUUUCAGUGGGAUAUCAGGUCUCCAAAUCAGAUGUGCUUUCCCAGUUGGCCCAAGAAGAGGAAGUGUGGAGAGAAGGAAUAGAAUUUCUCCAAAACCAGAGUCCAGUUAUUACAGACAGGAAAAGUGCCUUUAAAAAAGAGGAAAUGGUAUUCAUGCAGCCUAUCUGCAGGAAAGACACUUCUAACGUCAUGUCAUUGCAGAGAGCUCACACUCAAAAGAAUUCCUUUAAGUGUAAUUAUUUGCAAGAAGAUUCUACUCACAGAUCCACAGUGACUCAACAUGCAUUAAUACACAUGACAAAGAAACCAUAUUUCAGCAAAACACUUGCAAAAGUCCUCAGUGACCAGUCAUCUUUUAAUCAACAUAAUCAGAAUCACACUAGAAGUAAAUCAGAUGAAUGUCAUCAAAGUGCUAACGCCUUUUUGGAAAUCGCUGGCCUCAGACAAUACAAUGGAACUCACUUUAGAGAGAAACUAUAUAAAUGCCAUUUCUGUGGGAAAGCCUUCAGUCAGUGCUCUACCCUCAGACGACAUGAGAGAACUCACACUGGAGAUAAACCCUAUGAAUGCCAUCUAUGUGGAAAAGCCUUCAUUCAAUGGUAUAUCCUCAGACGACAUGAGAGAACUCACACUGGAGAGAAACCCUAUGAAUGCCAUUUAUGUGGGAAAGCCUUUAGUCAGUGCUCUACCCUCAGACGACAUGAGAGAACUCACACCGGAGAGAAACCCCAUGAAUGUCGUCUGUGUGGAAAAGCUUUCAGUCAAUAUUCUAAUCUUAGAGAACAUGAGAGAACUCACACUGGGGAGAAACCCCAUGAAUGUCAUCUGUGUGGCAAAGCCUUCAGUCGAUAUUCUAAUCUUAGAGAACAUGAAAGGACUCACACUGGAGAGAAGCCUUUUGAAUGUCAUCUGUGUAGGAAAACCUUCAGCCGAUAUUCUAAUCUUAGAGAACAUGAAAGAACUCACACCGGAGAGAAGCCCUAUGAAUGUCAUCUAUGUGGAAAAGCCUUCAGUCAAAGUUCUUAUCUUCGACAACAUGAGAGAUAUCAUACUGGAGAGAAACCCUAUGAAUGCCAUCUAUGUGGGAAAGCCUUCAUUCAGUGCUCUACCCUCAGACGACAUGAGAGAACUCACACCGGAGAGAAACCCCAUGAAUGUCAUCUAUGUGGAAAAGCCUUCAGUCAGUAUUCUACCCUCAGACAACAUGAGAGAACUCACACUGGGGAGAAACCCCAUGAAUGUCAUCUAUGUGGAAGAGCCUUCAGUCGCUAUUCUAAUUUUAGACAACAUGAGAGAACUCACACUGGGGAGAAACCCCAUGAAUGUCAUCUAUGUGGGAAAGCCUUCAGUCGAUAUUCUCAUCUUAGAGAACAUGAGAGAACUCACACAGGAGAAAAGCCCUUUGAAUGUCAUCUAUGUGGAAAAGCCUUCAGCCAAAGUUCUUAUCUUCGACAACAUGAGCGAAAUCACACUGGAGAUAAACCCUAUGAAUGCCGUCUAUGUGGGAAAGCCUUCAUUCAAUGGUAUAUCCUCAGACGACAUGAGAGAACUCACACUGGAGAGAAACCACAUGAAUGUCAUCUAUGUGGGAAAGCCUUUGGGCGAUAUUCAAAUCUUAGAGAACAUGAGAAAACUCACACUGGAGAGAAGCCCUAUGCAUGUCAUCUAUGUGGAAAAGCCUUCAGUCAAAGUUCUUAUCUUCGACAGCAUGAGAGAACUCACACUGGAGAGAAACCCUAUAAAUGCCAUUUAUGUGGCAAAGCUUUCAGUCGAAAUUCUAAUCUUAGACGACAUGAGAGGACUCACACUGGGGAGAAACCUCAUGAAUGUCAAGCUUUCAUUCAUAGUUCUGCCCUCUGGCAACAUGAGAGAAUGGACACUGAACAGAAACCAUAAGAAUAUCAUCUAUAUGGAGAGACCUUAAUUUUUCUAACCUUAGACAACAUGAGAUUAUUCAAACUGAAGAGAAACUCUGAAUGUCAUCAGUGUGGGAAAGCCUUCAGUCAACAUUCUGACCUUAGAUGGAAUGAGAGAACUCACACUAUAAAUGUUUUGAAUAUGGAAGAGACUUCAGUCAUAGUUCUAAUCUUUAAACAACCCAGAGAACUCACAUACUGAAGAAACACUGUUUGUAAUCAAGCUGGAAGUGCCUUUAGUCAUCUGUACUACUUAAGUUAACCUAAGGAAAUUCACACAGGCAAGAAUUCAUGUGAAUGUCAUCUAUAUAGCAAAGCCUGAUAGGAGGUGGUCUGAAUGUCAUACUGUAUGAAAGAAUCCACAAGAUAGAUCUAAGGGAAGUAGAGAGUCCUCAUCUGCCACUCUAAGCAAACCAGAGAAAUUGCAUGUAAGAAAUUCUAUGUACUUAAUGUGGGAGUGCCUUAAUUUAUAAUUUAUUCUUUAAGUAAAAUGAAUGAAUUCCACAAAAGUGAAACACUAGGUCUGUAAUUAUUGUGCACUAUCAUUUAACCAAAUACAAGCCUUGAUAUGCUAAAGAAAAUUCAGUUUAGGUUUAACUAUGGAAACAAGAAAUAAUAAGGAGGAAAAGUCCUUACUAGGAGGAUUAAACCCCUUGGGGGAAUUCCAGAAAGUUGAUGGAGAAUGUGUUCAAAGGAAAAUUAUGGGAAAUUUUUUAUUCAGAAAUUGGGAAGUUUAUGUGCAUCUGUUACUGUGUCUCUGUGAGGGAAAGUGUUUGAGGAGUUUGGGGAAAUCAUUGGUUAUUUAAGAACUGAGUUCAGUGGUGGAAAUGCUAUACAUAGGUUUGGGGAUAGGAGAAAGUGUGAAGUCUGUGACUUGGGAGUCUUCUAGAGUGAAUAUGGUUCUGUGCUUGCCUCUAAUGGAUCAGUGAUGGACAUUUUGGGGUCAGUGAUCAAAUAUCUGAAAGGUAGGAACAGAUAUGUUUGCUCUCUGAUCUUAGAGAAAACAAUAGUUCAUCUCAGUGACUAGAAUCUUUAUCAAUGGGUGAGAGAAUUUUGCACACAGUAGUUCACUGAGCCAAGUAGAGGUCCACAUCAGUGUCAUUGCCCUGGUGGAGACCGUAAUGGCUUCCAUGAGAGUCACAGUUACUGGGACUUCAGGUGCCAAAGAGAGCACUUCUGCAUUCAACACCAAUAGUCUAUAAUUAGCCACCAUGAUCCACUUGCCUUUUCCACUGGUCACACCAAGUUAUAAUAGGCAAAGAUGGUGGAGUGGAGAACAGCUGCAGGUAUCUCUUUUAUGAGUUCUGUAAUAUCCUUUUCUCCUCCAAGGAGGCAGUAUUGCCACUGUUGGAUAGUGCAAGGAAGUGGGGGCACAGAGAGUACAUGAUCUGUCACUCCCCUAAAUGCAAUGUCCAGAAUUUGUUGGGAUGGGGAGCAUAUACUUGUAGUCACCAUUGGAAUGUGUAAUAGUUCAGGAUAUCAGUGUCUACAAUGUAUUUCCUGGUGAGAAGCAUGACCACAGAGGUGGCCAAAGGGCCAAAGGGGCCAACACACAGGGUAGCAGUAACCUCCCAUUCCCAUACCUGUUUGGAAGGCCCAAAACCUCACAGUGCCUUUCAGUGCCCCUCCUCUGUAUCUCCUGGAAUGAUAGUGACCUGGGUACCUGUAUACAAAAGUGGUAUAAGUUUUAUUCAGUGUUCCCAAAUUGCACACACACUGGGGCAUGUAGCCUACGGUUCCUGGGGGAAUUUUGAGGGUCCUUGGCCUCACCCUAGGCCAUUUUAAAUUUGUCCAGUCUUGGUAAAGAGGCUUCUUGCAGGGGUGAGACUCCUCAGUCAGAGCCAAAGGGAGAGGUAGGAGAUCUCCAAGUUCCUCCUUCUCUUCCUCUACUGUCCAUAUCUGGGGAUUACGGAGAGGGGUUAAGGAAGGGGAAGAUUGUGCUACUGAGCUCAUGAUCCUCCUUCUAAUUUAUAUUUUCCCCAAAGUGCUCCAUGAGAGGGCCCAUAAAUGAUUUCAUUUGGGACCCCUUGGCCUAGUAGCCACAAGAACAAGCUUGAUGAGUGGGGGCCCCAAGGAAGGGGUGGCUGCUGACCCAUCCUACAGAUAUCAGGAGUUACUGGAUUGACAGACAUGUGCCUACCACUAUCAGUCUGGUUCCUUUGUCAGUUUCCUCAGCAGCCAUCUUUGUGGUAUGGAGCAGGGAGGGUAAGAUAAAGAUAAACCUGUUCAGUAGAACCUCCCAGGGGAAUCUCUGGGUGAGGAGCAGAACCAGGUUUUAUUAGAACCUUUCUAAUAAAAUCAUCAAUGUCCCAUCACAAACUGGGAAUCUGGUAAGGGGCUAAAUCUCUGAAGUGGGGUGGAAUAGCCAUGCACCAAAACGUGGUUGUCUCAGCAUGACCAAAGCUUCUGCCUUGCUACCCCAAGCAUUAGUUGGAAUUCAGGGGAGGUCACUCUGAGUUGUAUAUGCUUGUCUGACUCCCUGAAGGAUUCAGUUAAAUAGAUGCUGCAGCCAUAUCAACAACUCCUCUCCCCACCCCUCACCUACUCUCUUAACUGCAAUAAACAGUUUGUUGGAGGAUGGUGUUGGAUGUGAGGUGGCUAAGACUCCUCCAUCAGUCUGGUUGAUUGAGGUGGUAGUGGUGCCCUCAUUGUAAAGUCAGGGCAACCAAGAAGGAAGGUCCUUUCUAGGAUUCUGUCCAUACCCAUCUUUCAUAUCUCAUAUGUUCUGGUCUACCAAAGCUGCCAGAAAAGCAAUAUACCAGAAAUGGGUUGGCUUUUUCAAUGAGAGUCUAUUAGUUUACAAAUUUAUAGUUCUAAGACCAUGAAAAUGUCCAA